AAGCAGCCCAUGGCCAUUUUCUGGCGGCGGUGCAGGGGUCGCUUUGGGGGUGAAUCAGCAGGAAAAGAACUGCAGCGUUUCCACAUCCUCGGUGCUUCAGGGCCUCGUCUGCUCGCCUGACCUGUAUCGUUACUUUACAGCUGCUGUAUAGACUGCAAUCACUAAGGAAUAAAACGUAAUUCCCAGAUGGUGUUGGACCCAGCUAGACCUGUACACGUGAGCCAAGUUGAAAGAAGCUUUGGUCAUUGCUGUGGAAUUCCUGGUAUGAGAAGGCAGGACGUCAGGGUACAGAGUGGAUCUUUGCUGUGCUGCUGUAAUCAUGAAGACAGCGAUCAUAAUUGACCUAAUCAUCUUCACUUUGCUGUCUUCAGGGAAGAAAUUCCGAUGGUGCACCCUAUCUGACCUAGAACAGAGGAAGUGUGCUGAACUGUCCAAAGCUCUUACAGCUGUGCUGCCCCUUGCUACCAUCAAUUCUUUUACCAGGAUUUCUUGUAUCAGAGCUCACAACACAUAUGACUGCAUUGAUAAAAUCAGGGUGAAUAAAGCAGAUGCUGCCUCCUUGGAUGCUGGAGAUGUUUACUCUGCUGUAAAGCUAUAUGGCUUGACAGUGGUGGCAAAGGAGAUCUAUGAGAAAGGAAAUUGUGUGUUUGCUGUGGCCGUUGCCAGACGAGGAACUUUGAAUAUCCAGAGACUAAGAGGUGUGCGCAGCUGCCACAAUGGAGCCAGGUGGACAUCAGGUUGGAACAUUCCUCUUGGCUUUCUCCUGGCUAGAAAUGACCUCUCCUGGGAUGAGGCACAACCUCUGAGCCAAGUAAUCAGUGAGUAUUUCAAUGCAAGUUGCAUCCCUGGGGUUGGUGUUGCUGCUCCUCGACUCUGUGCUCUUUGCCAAGGACAAAAAUCCUAUGUCAGAGACAAGAACCAUUUCUGUGAGACUAGCAGCAAUGAACCCUUCUAUGACUCUGAAGGAGCCUUCAGGUGCUUGAAGAAUGGAGUGGCAGAUGUUGCCUUUUUAGAUCAUCUAACAAUAAUGAGUGCCACAGAGACAGAACAAGAUGAAUAUGAACUCUUAUGUCCUGAUGGGACCACGGCUGAGCUGAGUGAAUACAGCACCUGUAACUUGGGUCAGGGGCCUGGCCGUGCCAUCAUCACCCGCCACAACUUCCAGAAGAUCACCAACAAAUUUCUUACUAUGAUCCAACACCUCUUUGGGCGAAAAGGAAAGGAAAGGACCAGGUUUGAACUCUUCACUUCAGCACCCUAUGGGGGAAAGAACCUGCUGUUCCAGGAUGCCACCCAGCAUCUGCAGCUUCUCGAGGAGCAGCUAGAGAUUGCCUAUGUCCUUGGUCUGGAUUAUGUAGCUCUCCUUAAAGGACUAGGCCAUGAAGGGAGCUCUUUGGACAACAGUGUUGUGCGCUGGUGCUGCAUCAGCAAUGCUGAGCUUCGCAAAUGUGAGAAUUGGGCACUGAGCAUCAAAUCUGACCCAUUGGUUUGUGUCCAGGCAGCCUCCAUGACACAGUGCAUUGAAAUGAUCAAGAGUAGUGAGGCUGAUGCAGUCACCCUGGAUGCAACACAUGUCUACAUUGCAGGGAAGUGUGGAUUGGUGCCUGUAGCUGCAGAAUGUUAUGGAGAGGGAUGUGCCCCAGCUGCUACAAGCACAGAGGAAACGUGGAAACUAAUUCGCCUUAGACGCAAAGCACUGUCACCUGUCUAUGCUGUAGCCCUAGCUAAGAAGAAUGCCAAACAGAUUAACAUCCACAACCUUGGGGGAAGGCGGUCCUGCCACAGCCAUCUGUAUAGUCCUGGAGGAUGGUUAUUUCUUUCCAGAUACACAGUGGGAGCUCUGGAGAGUGCUACUGAGAACUGUAACAUUGACUCCGCUUAUCAGAACUACUUUUGGAAGGGCUGCAUGCCAGGAGCAGAUGGGAACCUGUGCAAGGUGUGCGUUGGAGACAGUGAGGCAGAAGGGGGUAGAGUAUCUAGCAGGUGUGCUGCCAAUCACAACGAGCGUUAUUAUGGCAAUGUGGGAGCACUCAGGUGUCUAGUUGGCAAUCCCAGUGGAAGAAGCUUUGGAGAUGUAGCUUUCCUGGAACACUCUAACCUACUCCGGAACAUAGAGAAUCUGGGCAGCUCUGGUUGGGCGAAAGGUUUUACUCCUAGUGACUUUGAGCUUUUGUGUCCGGAUGGAACACGUGCUGCAGUCACGGAGUGGGCAGGCUGUAACCUCGGCCCUAUUCCCCCCAGCACAGUCAUGACUCGACCGGUCACUACCACCAAAAUCUAUGACUUCCUAAUGAAAUCCCAGGAAUCUGUGGGAACCAAGCUGGACUCUGAAUUCCAUCUAUUUCAGUCUCAGAAGUAUGGUGAAAGUGAUCUGCUUUUCAAAGAUGCUACUCAGUACCUUGUUCAUGCAAGUCAUAUGAGCUAUAAGGAGAUUCUUGGAGGGUCUUUUCUUCAACUGGCAGAAUCAGUGUUUAAUUGUACACCUGCAGGUAUCUUAGACUUUUGCAGACAGGAUAUCUGCGCAUCCUCUUUGAACUGACAGCUAUAUAGAGGCUUUGCAAGGCACAUACACCAUUACUGAUGCUGAAAACAAGGAAAGAUGCAAGUCCAACCUAUCCAGAGCAAUCACCAAGGAAACAGUCGCCUCUAGAAGUUUAUGCUGAAUACUCUUCAUAUAUAUACAGAUAUGUAUAUAUACAGGCAGAUUUCAUGUUUAUGGUCAUAUAACAAGGCUCUUGUCAUCACUGUCUUGGAGUCUGGCAUUGUGGGGAGUGGCACAGGCCAAUCCACACAACCCACGCACAGAAGUAGGGUCAGCAAUUCUGAACAGCUACUGAGGAGAUCUCAGCAUUUCUGUGGGACGUGCAGGGCCAAUGCCAUGGACUAAAAUAUGGACUAUCAGGAGGCGCACAGGUUAGUGGGUAGCAAUUUUCCUUGCUUUUCCUAUUAUGUCUUGUAAAAACAAUCAGCUGUCACUUUGGUCGCUGAGGCAUUGUCCUCUUAUAUAUGUGAUUUUCAUUGCAGCUAGAUAGUCUGUGCUGAAUACACAUGCAUACUAUAGGUUGUGUUUGUAACUGCUAUUUGUAUCAAGAGCUUUUUCUGCUUUUAAGUGUGAAGAAUGCAUUUGCUUUGUUUAACCAACAAUUUAUAUUAGUAAGUCAACACAUUUUUCUUUCACAAAUUAAUAUAUUAAGGCAUCUAAUAGUAUCAACCAGCAGAACUGGAUUCUUACAACCUUAAGGUGAAGGAAAGCAAUGGAUAUUCCAUUCUUGUUGAAAACAUCAGCCAUUACUUUAUAGGAUACUUCUGAAGUGUCAAAAUAUGAAUUAUCAGUUAAACUGAACAUUCUCUUUAUAGAUGGGAACUGCUUCAACACAAUAUGAAAUCUUUUGAACAAAGUGUAUCAUGUAUUUGUUUUGCCUGAACUUUGGGUUGGAAACAUUAUGCAGAGCUAGUGGAUGUAGAAUUAGAGUGGGUGCAACUCAUGGGCAGGGCUCAGUUCAAUUUUCAACCUUCUGCUCUUAUGCUUGCCUGAGCUACACAAGAUAAAUAUUUAUAAAAAUAAAAAAAUCAAAAAGUCCUUUACCCAGAAUCCUCCAACCCUUGCUACCUCUACUGCAGUUGUAUUAACCUUAGCUAGCAAUGAAUAAGAUGCAAGUAGUGAAGACAGGCCAGCUGCACUACACAAAAAGUAAAUAGAAAUUGUAGGAGCUAUGUUAUCUGCCAUAUAAAGCAAGAAAAAAAAUCCAAAUUUUUUAGGCAGCAGUAAUUAAAAAUAUUGGGUUGUAAAAUAAUCUGCUGAGAGCAUGUGUUUUUAAACAAUUUCUUCCUCACCUAGCUCCUCUUUCUUGUUAUGCUUGAGACUUACAUUGGCCCCUCUCCUCCCCCUUCUCAUUUUCUGAGAAAGAAAAAAAAAUUACACUCUGAGCAGCCUCAAAGGUGUUUACUUUAGAUUCACCUGCAUUUUAGCUGAGACUGCUGCCUCCUUUGGCCCAUCAUUUGGGAUUGGCUGACCAAACAAGAGGGAGCUCACCAGCUCACCCACCUCACAGAGAGAGGGAUGAGAAGUAAAAGGUGCAUGUAGGCGAGUCCCAGUACAGCAAGGGGACAAAAUCCUCACGUACGCUGUCGCAGCCAGCAAGCCGUAGCCUCGAAGCAGCCGGGGAACGGCAGGGUGCUAGUUUAGGCCUGUGGGUGCUCCCUCCCUCUCUUUACCGGAGCUUACAUGCCAUCUGUGGGACCCAUGUAACAGCACACUUAGAGGAGAGCAGAGGCUUCCGAGAGCAGAGUGAACAAGUCCAUAUGCCAGCUGCAUUUUCCUGAAUAGGCUGUAUGUUGAAAGCCUAGGUUAUAUGUAAGAUUUUAGAGGGUAGGGGGAUUGCUUUCUAGCAUGGACAUUACAGAAGCUUAAGUAGGCCUUUUUUGAUGUCCCAGUGCUUCAGUUUUGGUUUAAAAGCAUCAGUUUGAUGCAUUGCGCAGACUGUAGUACAUGAACCGGGAGCCUGCUUCAGCUGUGCAUCUCUUGGUGCUGAGCUUAGCAGGAGCUAUGCUCUCUGGAGGCUACUACCCUACUACCUUAAGAGAGAAAUGCUGUCUCAACACUAGGAGUAGCAGUUAGGAUUGUGCUUCAAAUCCCCCAGAUCUGCUUCUUUUUCUACAAAUAUAAGGCUAGAGACAAACCAUAGCUGCAUGAUUCAGUAACAGCCCACACAGUUAGUUAAUGUGGUCAAUGGACCUCUUCACAGAUUUAACCCCUUGCCCCACUAGUGAGACAGAAAUACCAGUUGUAGUUGCUGAUACAGACCUAAACAAGGCUUUAGAAAAACUAAAACUUUCUCAGAAAAAUUUAUUUCCAUAAAUUAAAAACACACACAAAAGAAACAGUGAAAUUUUAGACUCGCACGCUACUGAACAGAAACAAAAUGCCAAGAGCAUGAUGGAGGCUAACGGCACAGGUGUACAAAUUCCCACUGAGCUAUUUGUUAACAUGAUAGCAUCAUAUAGACUUUUAAUCCACGCAGUUAUCAGCCACGUUCUAGGAGAGCACCUGACAUAAUAUACCAAAGGUCCAACUCAAAUCAAAUACAAUAAAUGAGAACAGCUUGCAGAAAGUUGUAUCCAGCAACCAUCUGAACUCAAACGUACACAGGCCCAAGGACAGUCAGGCAAACCCUGUAACAUACGUUCAGUAGCCUUUGCUGCUCCAGUUGUAGCAUGAUGAAAGUAAGAGCUUUAGAAAAAUGAUCUUUCUCUCUCCCCCAAUCAGCAACCUUACCAAAAAGCUGCCUGGCUCUGCAAAGCUCACUGCCAAAAUACAAUACAUAGCAAAAGCUUUGCAGUUCUUCCUCCAGCUGCUGUCGUCAUAGUUCUAUGAACAGUAUGUACAAGGUCUUUUUUUCCGUGAUGGUGCAAAAGAAUCCUCACAGAAGUUGGUUCAUUCUGUGAAAAGGCAACUGUACAUAUCCUUUGCUAGGGAAGUACGCAAGACCCCAAAAGAUGCAUCCUCUAUACAUUUUGCCUGGGAUGAUCUGUGACAGAAGCAGCUCAGAGUGGCAAAUAUCUAGCUUUUGCACUGUCAACAUUCCCAGUGUACAGGUUCCAGCCACAAAUGGAACAAAGCUGUUCCACAAGUGCUGUAAAUAGAAACAGAGGUGGGAGAUGAAAAAAGAGGAAGUGCACAAGCAUGAUUAACAUCCAUAUGCUGGAGAGGCGGGGAGGAAGAACAAGAUGCUUUGUCUCAGUUAGCUUACACCUCUAUCAUACAAAUACUAAAACAAAACAGAAUAAUGCUGUAUAUUUGGGAUUCCACAACUCUAAAGUCUGGGACAUGUUAGACAAUUACAACAUUUUCUGAAUUCCCCCAGUUACUGAGUAUUUUCUUUGCUCUGCUCUCUCUGCUAUAGCUGUUAAGAGAGCUAAGAAGUGCUACUUCUAAGCAACCGGAAUCACGACAGAGCAAGGAAGCAGACAAAAGAAACCCCAAAGGAAAAACCCAACAAGUUCCAUUUUUCAAAGCACAUUAGAGGACUGAACUCUGCUUCGACCCAAGCUUCCUCCCUCCCCACCCAUACCCUUAUUUUGUUAAAAGCUGCAGUGAGGUUGUAACCUCAGUUCUGUCACAGCACUAGAAGCUUCCCAUAUUAAUAGAAAAUGAAUGAAUGCUGUGUUACAAUCCCAUUUUACAGCAUAAAAACAUGAUGUAUACACACCACUCUUGCUGCAGCUUCCAGCCAGUCAAUAUUUGGGCUAACAAACAGAUAUAGGGAAAGUUUCAAAUAUUUUUUAAAAAAGCAGUUGACCUCAAGGCCCCCAAGCAUGAAAAUUAUUUUUAUAGAAAGAAAUCCCUGAAAAAUAAAGAGGAUCCAAUGAUAUACAGCAGCCCAAAUAGGUUAACCAGACCUGGCAGCUGAAAUAGUAUGUCAGCAUGUUCAAAGUUUGCCUGCCUUGUUUUUUUAUUCCCUCAAAUGCAAACAACACUACUGUAUGUCUGUACUUCCCUCUUUUCUUCAGUCUUCCUGAUUAAAGAUAAUUAACCUCCAGAAUAAGAAUGUAAACUUCUAGGAAUCCCAGCACAUAAGCUGGGAGAAAAAAAAAAUCCAGAAUAAAUUUCUUUCAAGACUCAGGCACACACAGUGUUAUAUUCUGCUUCCAUUUCUCUACUUAAAAAGCGCUGAAAUUCAACAGAUUGCUUCUUAAUUUUGUGUUUUCUGUUAGGUAUAACAGAACUGGCAGAGCAACAGAAGAUAAUGAUGGUAUUUUCAGUCCUGCAUUCAUUAGGACUUAAGAAUACCCACCCACUAGAGCAUGUUCACAUGCUCAUUUUGAAGGUAAACAGAAAUUCCAUCAUAGGGGUAGGUAUAUAAGAAAGUGCAAGUUUCAAGUGACAAGUGAAAGAAAUAAUGGAAUAUUUGAGCAUCCCAGCAAUGACAGCCAUCCCAUGAAGCUUUGCCUGAAUAACUUCUAUAGGCACUAAAGGACAGAAAUUACCUGAACUGCAGCUAGCAUUCAUUUUGCGUUAUGCUUCAAGUAAGUUUAACAGAAGUUAUCCCAGAAGGGAGCACUCUUCCCUCAGAAAGGUAUGGCCAAGAAAUUGCCCAGUGCUGCAGCAGAUAAUGACAAAUGGCCUUACACAAUGAAAGAAAUGCUUUCCACAUGCUAGGAGACUCUUUGUACAGCACUAGCUAUUAUAUACAAUAGUUCAGAGAGGAUCUAAUUAUGAGCUAUAUGAAUUGUAAACCUAAAAUAGUAAAAAACAACAAAAACACCCUCUCCUCCCCCCACGAUGGAACAAAUCUAUUUUGUUGUUGGCAUUAAAAUCAAGCUGAUAUUUUUAUUGGAAUUAAAAUCACUUAAAAAUGAUUCUCAAAUAUUUUGCUGGUGUUCUCUGCAAGCCACAGCUCAGCUAAAUAAAAACCUCUACUUAAGCGUCCUGCAGCUUAACAUCCUUCUGGGCUACUUACCUUUGCCACUGGAGAAGAGGUGUAAAGCACCAGCAAACUAGGUAAAAAUUCACUCUACUAUUUGGGAAAAAUUAGCACUUGGCGCCAUUUUUUCUUAAAAUACCUUUUUUCUUUUUUUUUUUUUU